GCUAGGCCAGUCCCGCCAGAGCCCGAGCAGCCUGCCGGUAACGGUCGCAGAGGCGCGGGGAGGGAGGGAAAAGAAGGAGGUUUAAGUUAUAUUUUAAAAAACCGAGAUCGAGAGCUAGAGGCAUCGCGACCCAGGUGUCGUCGCUUCCUGCUACAAAGGGCUCAGCGCCCAGGUCCCUCCUUCCUCAAGCCCCUUCCCCUCCUGCCCUCCCUUCUGGAGCAGUGCGGCGCUCAAGUGGCGGCAGUGGAGAAUCGCCCGGCCGCUGCAGCCCCAGCGGCCGCGGAGAAGGAGGGAGGGAAGCACAAAGCCGGCUGCGAGCUGCGAGCUGCGAGCUGCGAGGUGACAAGGGAUAUCGGCAGACUUGAAGCAUGAGUUCAGAUGCUAGCCAAGGUGUGGUUACUACUCCUCCUCCUCCCAGCAUGCCUCACAAAGAGAGGUACUUUGACCGUAUCAAUGAAAAUGACCCAGAAUACAUAAGGGAGAGGAACAUGUCUCCUGAUCUACGACAAGACUUCAAUAUGAUGGAGCAAAGGAAACGAGUUACUCAAAUCUUGCAAAGUCCGGCCUUUCGGGAAGACCUGGAAUGCCUUAUUCAGGAACAGAUGAAGAAAGGCCACAAUCCAACUGGAUUACUAGCAUUACAACAGAUUGCAGAUUACAUCAUGGCCAAUUCUUUUUCGGGCUUUACUUCACCUCCCCUCAGUCUCGGCAUGGUCACACCUAUCAAUGACCUUCCUGGGGCAGAUACAUCCUCAUACGUGAAGGGAGAAAAACUUACUCGUUGUAAACUUGCCAGCCUGUACAGACUUGCAGACUUGUUUGGAUGGGCCCACCUGGCAAAUACAUAUAUCUCAGUAAGAAUAAGUAAGGAGCAAGACCACAUAAUAAUAAUUCCCAGAGGUCUGUCAUUUUCUGAAGCCACAGCCUCCAAUUUGGUGAAAGUCAAUAUCAUAGGAGAAGUAGUGGAUCAGGGAAGUACUAAUUUAAAAAUUGACCAUACAGGAUUCAGUCCCCAUGCUGCAAUCUAUUCAACACGUCCUGAUGUUAAGUGCGUGAUACACGUCCAUACCCUUGCAACAGCAGCUGUAUCCUCCAUGAAGUGUGGGAUCCUUCCAAUUUCUCAAGAGUCCCUGAUCCUGGGAGAUGUUGCCUAUUAUGACUACCAAGGGUCACUCGAUGAACAAGAGGAGAGAAUUCAACUGCAGAAAGUUCUGGGACCAAGUUGUAAGGUGCUGGUACUCAGAAAUCAUGGUGUGGUAGCCCUUGGGGAAACAGUUGAGGAGGCUUUUCAUUAUAUUUUUAAUGUGCAGAUAGCCUGUGAGAUUCAGGUGCAGGCAUUGGCAGGAGCAGGUGGUGUAGACAAUCUACUUGUAUUGGAUCUUCAAAAAUACAAAGCUUUCACUCACAGUGUAGUAGCAUCUGGAGGAGGAGGAGUGAAUAUGGGUUCCCAUCAAAAAUGGAAGAUUGGCGAGCUUGAGUUUGAAGGGCUGAUGAGGACUCUGGACAAUUUGGGAUAUAGAACAGGCUAUGCUUAUAGGCAUCCUCUCAUUCGAGAAAAGCCUAGGCACAAGAGUGAUGUGGAAAUCCCAGCAACUGUGACUGCCUUUUCCUUCGAAGAUGAUACAGUGCCACUCUCUCCUCUCAAGUACAUGGCACAGAGGCAGCAGCGUGAAAAAACCAGAUGGCUGAACUCCCCAAAUACCUACAUGAAAGUGAAUGUGCCUGAGGAGUCCAGGAAUGGGGAAACCAGUCCCAGGACCAAAAUCACAUGGAUGAAAGCUGAGGACUCUUCCAAAGUUAGUAGUGGAACACCUAUCAAAAUUGAAGAUCCAAAUCAGUUUGUUCCUUUAAACACAAACCCGAACGAGGUACUAGAAAAGAGAAAUAAGAUUCGUGAGCAAAAUCGGUAUGACUUGAAAACAGCAGGACCACAGUCUCAGUUGCUUGCCGGAAUUGUUGUGGACAAGCCUCCUUCUACCAUGCAGUUUGAAGAUGAUGAUCAUGCCCCCCCGGCCCCUCCCAACCCCUUCAGUCAUCUCACAGAAGGAGAACUUGAAGAGUAUAAGAAGACAAUCGAACGUAAACAGCAAGGCCUGGAAGAUGCUGAGCAGGAUUUACUCUCAGAUGACGCUUCAUCUGUUUCACAAAUUCAGUCUCAAACUCAGUCACCGCAAAAUAUCCCUGAAAAAUUAGAAGAAAACCAUGAGCUAUUUUCCAAGAGCUUCAUCUCCAUGGAUGUGCCUGUCCUGAUAGUAAACGGCAAGGAUGACGUGCAUGGCAUUGAAGAUGAGCUUGCCCAGCGAGUGAGUAGGUUAACAACAAGCACCACCAUAGAAAACAUCGAGAUCACCAUUAAGUCUCCAGAAAAAAUUGAAGAAGUCCCAUCACCUGAAGGCUCACCUUCAAAAUCACCAUCCAAGAAAAAGAAGAAAUUCCGCACUCCUUCUUUUCUGAAAAAGAACAAAAAAAAGGAGAAAGUUGAAGGCUAAAUAAAGUCUUUUUAUAAUUAUUAUUACAAUGUGACGUUGCACAUUUUAAAACCACAUUUAAGUUGAUUGUUAAUAUGCAGUGGUAGAUCAGAUUGGGGGUAUGUAGCAAACUGGACUUUAAGAACUGGAAAGAGGUUUUACUAAAAGAAAAGCAUUAUGAAAAAUACUUUCAAAUUCAUCUCUCAUUUUAUAUGUCCAAAAGAGGUUUUGAAUUUUUAAACAAUUGCUAGUUUUGACUAGCUCUGCCCUCAUGAAGUAUCAUUAUAAUCGCCACAGAUAUCUGUCUGAAUUACUUCAGGCCUUCUACAUACUUGUUGGAAAUAAAUUACCAGUGAACAAGCAAGAAAAUUUUUAUUUCUCAACACCUGUUUCACUUGGUAAUCAGAUUAUAGUUUUUUAUCAUGAUUAUUGACUGUACCUUUUGGGUUCCCAUUGUUUCAAUGGGCAUUAACGGAAUGCUUUAAAAGCGUCUAAGAUAAGAAUCUAUAGCAUUAGUAUACACUGGCACAUAUUUUUUUGAAAGUUAAGAAAAGAUUCAAUUGGAAUUUUAUUCAUAGUAUAAAAUUUCUUCACCUGAAGUAACUUUGUUUGCCAAAAAAAGGGUCAUUUUAGUAAACUAUAAUUUUUGAAAAAUCCUUUUAUAUUAGUUUAGAAAGCCCCUUAUUUUUCAACAAAGGGGAUUUUAUACACAUAACAUGGGUUAUUUAGUUUAACUCUGGCAAAAAUGAUUUUUGUAUGUUGAGAUGUUUGUAUACCAUUCAGUAUAAAAGUGUCAUAAGCAUAUUAGCCAAUCAUUUAACCGUAGAGCAUAUUUGAGGCUGCUUGGUACUAAGCAUACUUAAAUAUAAUUAAAGAAUCCAGGGACUUGGUAUCAAAAGGAGAUUAGAGCAUUUAAAAGCAUAACAAGAUUCAUAUUUGAACCUUAUAAUGUAUUUUUCUCUUAGUAUUGCUAGUGAAUGAAGAAGCCCUCAUAAGGUAACCAAAUGAAAAGGAAAAGAAUGAGAGAGAAAGUGAAGAAUUAAGGGAACAAAAGAAGUGUCAUGAGAAGAAUCUUAGUUUGAUAAUGAUUUAUAGUCAUGAUAUGAUUUGAAGUGUAAUUUAUUGGAAGCUUGUCCCAAAUCUCUAAAAUUCUGUUUCCCUGCCCAAGUCAUUAUAUUUCUUAGUUGAUAUUUGAGUUUUAAAGGGGUCAGAUUCUUUUAACUUAAAUAUCUUUAGAAGGCAGCACAAGAAGAAAUCAGUGGGGCUAAUCCCCCUCCCCCACCCUGAGAAAACUACCACUUCUUGAUUUUUACAGAUUUUUCUUGUCUUUUCAGUUAACUUUCUUUCUAAUGUAAAUACAAAUUUAAACCUAGGCUUAAUAUAGUUUUUUUUUUCCCCUUCACCCAAGUGAUGUCACAAAUCAAUGUAAAAUCAGUGAUCCAAAACAGUCAGUGGGUAAAAAUCAUCCAAAGUAUUUCUGGAGGGUGAGUUUGUGUGUAAAAAAUUACAUUGAUUAUAAGUGUGUUCUGGGGCUGGUUCUGUUUGACCGUGCGUGUAUGAUGAUGCAAAGUUGAAACAGAUCCUAGAAAGUUCAUUCUAGAUCUCACUAACUACUGGAAUCAGUGUUUUAAUCUCUUAGUGGAAACUUUCAGUUGCUUAAUUCUGUAUUUGAGGAUUCUUUUAUGUUCUACAUCAUUUAUGUUGUAUUACAACGUACGUAGAAACAGUAACCUGUGAACUCUGCUUUUCCAUAACUUUUUAAAAAUAUAUAUAUAUCUUAAAUGAAUGCAAUGUGCAUAAAUAUUUUUUAAACACAACAGUGAACUAUUUGCACCUUUUGCUAAUGCCUCUAUUUACUUGCUUUGGCAUAAAGAAUGAGCCAAUGAACCUCUGUGUCCUGUGGAAAAUGUAUAAAUGUUAUCUGAUAUUGCUCUUAGAUGUAAUGCUGAUUAAUGUAAAAUCACAAAUAAACAGUAUUUUAAAUAGA